AUGCUACGAAAUGGAACGCGCGACCCCGCCACCGCUCCACCGAUGCCGCCGCCGCACCCGUCGCGCCUCGGCUUCCACCCGCUGGAGCCGGCGCUCUCCGCCGCGGCCGACGCGCUGCACCGCUCCUGCCCGAACUCCCCGCGCCGCGCCGUCCUUCGCCGCGCGCGCGCGCUGCACGCGCUCCUCGUGGUCUCCUCCACGCCCUCCGCGCCCACGCCAGGCACCUUCCUCGUCAACCAGCUCCUCGCGCUCUACUCUCGCCUCUCCGCGCUUCCCGACGCGGUCGCGCUCCUCCGCUCCGCGCCGCGCCCCAACGUCGUCUCCUUUAACACCGUCCUCUCCGCGCUCUCCCGCGGGGCCCCGCGCCACGCGCCGCAGGCCUUCCGGCUCUUCGGCCAGCUGCUCGCGUCCGGGCUCCGCCCCACCGCGCCCAGCCUCUGCGCCGUCCUCCGCGCCGCCGGCGAGCUGCGCGACGGUCGCGCGGGUGCCCUGGCACACGCGCAUGCCGCGGCGCUCGGCUUCCUCGCCAGCGACAUCGUGCCCACCGCCCUGCUGCAGAUGUACUCCGAGUGCGGGGCGCCGCGGGACGCCAACCGGGUGUUCGACGAAAUGGCGACGCGGGACGUGGUCGCGUGGAACUGCGCCAUGCACUGCAGCGUGCGGUACGGCUACCUCCAGCGUGCUCUGGGGCAGUUCUGCAGCAUGGUGAGGGAUGGGCUGGCACCCACCGAGAGCACGCUCUCAUCGGUGCUCAGUGGGUGUGCACGCGCCGGGGAUAGCCGCGGGGGGCGCGUGCUGCACGGCUGGGUGGUGAAGUCGGAGGAGCUUCAUCCUGACACCCCGCUGCAGAAUACGCUGCUCGGCAUGUACUCCGGCUGCGGUGAUCUGGACACUGCGUUGCAUGUGUUUGACAGGAUUGAGACACCUGACUUGGUGUCAUGGAAUACUCUGAUCGCUGGGUUUUCUGGUGCUGGGGAUGGAUGGAGUGCUAUGGAUGCUUUUGUCCGGCUCAAGGAUGGGCGGUUUGGCGAACCGGUUGUCCCUGACGAGUACACAUUUGCAUCUGUACUUUCAGCAGCUGCUGCUUUACCUGCAAUGCGUAGUGGAACGCCACUUCAUGCUGAAGUGGUCAAAGCUGGGCUGGAGACCAGUGUCUUUGUAGGUAAUACACUGAUCAAUAUGUAUUUUACAAACGGGGAGCCAGGUUCAGCACGAAUUUUGUUCGAUUCCCUUCCGGAGAAAGAUGUAAUUAUGUGGACGGAGAUGGUUGCCGGCCAUUCUUCGUUGGGCGAAGCUGAAUUGGCCUUGAAGUACUUCGUUAGCAUGCUUCAGGAAGGGUACAAGGUCGACAGCUUCUCUCUGAGCAGUGCUUUGAACUCCACAGCAGAGUUUGCAGGUCUUAAGCAAGGAGAGAUGCUCCAUGCUCAAGUGGUAAAAAGUGGUCAUGAAGGGAAUAUCUGUGCCUCGGGAAGCCUGCUUGAUAUGUAUGCUAAAAAUGGUGCUCUCCAAGGUGCCCGUUUGGUGUUCUACACCAUAGCAAAGCGAGAUUUGAAGUGUUGGAAUUCAAUGAUAGGGGGAUAUGGCAAUUAUGGUAAUUCAGAAAUGGCAUUUAAGUUAUUUGGUGAGAUGAUUCGUGACGAGCUGCAACCUGAUCAUGUAACUUACAUAUCCCUCCUUUCGGCAUGCAGCCACUGUGGACUAGUUGAGAAAGGAAAGUUCUACUGGUUUUGUAUGAUGACGGAUGGUAUUAUGCCAGGAUUCAAGCACUAUACUAGCAUGGUGAGUUUGUUAGGUAGGGCAGGUUUAUUGGAUGAAGCAGUUGAUUUACUGCAGAAAUCCCCAUUUGCCAAGAAAUGUCCUGAACUAUGGAGAAUUCUGCUAAGUUCCUGUGUAGCAUUAAAUGAUUUGUCUGUUGGUGUUCAUGCUGCUGAACAGGCACUAGCGCAAGACCCAGACGAUAUGUCAACACAUGUAUUGCUUUCAAACCUUUAUGCUGCUGCAGGAAAAUGGGACGUUGUAGCUGAAAUUAGGAAAAAGAUCAGAGGGAUGAUGGUUGAGAAGGAACCUGGGCUGAGCUGGGUUGAGAUAAAAAAUACGAUUCAUGUGUUCUCAGCAGAUGAUGAAUGCCACUCCCAGAUCGAUGACUGUCGUGGCGAGUUGCUUCGACUUAAGGGGAACAUGCAAUUGUUGUAUAGUUCUGAAAAUGAAUUGCUUUCAAGUGGCUAAGUUGCCAUGAAUAGAUUUCAGUGAAAGAGCAUUUGACUAUCGACAAGGAAGCCUCGGGUGAGUUUAUUAAGAUUAAAAAUAUGGUGCAUGUCUUCUCUGCAGUGCUGAAGGUUGGAAAGGGCCACCCUAAUGGUUGAAAAUAUAGUUGUGAAAAUGAUCUGCUGCCAAGUGGCUAAGUUGCCAUGAAAAGAUUUUGCUUAGAAUUUAAAUGCGGUUUUGACUGCUUUCCUCUGUGACGGCUACUAAACUGGCUUAUGAUAAGUUUUUCGAGUGUAACAGCUAAGCAAGAGAAAUGAGAAGGUUUACUUAUCAAGGGACAAUCUACCAAUUUAAGGCCCCAACUUAGCACUGUUAGCACCAUUGGAUCAAAGAAGGUUUACAGUCAAGCUGCAUCAAACAAGUUACUGAGAUGGAAGUAACUCACAGUAACUGAAGCAUAAGUCUGACUUAUGUUUGGUUCUGCCAGAGACUAGGUGUUCUGGUUGAUUCUAGGAAAGACAUGCAUUGAUGAAUAUCAAAGGAUACAGUGCCAGAUAUCCCAGAGAUUGUAUUGGAAUUGUUUGAACAGAAGAAAAAAUCGUUCAGCUUAACUAAGGGCAUGGCUGUAUGAACCAGAGUUAUCUGUCCCAGUCAAGCCCUUCCCAAUUAUGAAGCUGCCUGAGGUCCAAAUAUUCCUUCCUCUGUGAAAUCAUGUCAUUUAGACAGAGCUAGCCACCCCCUUAGAUUUUGACUCAUUAAUUAUUUUUCUUUGGUUUCUGAACUCAAUACAUAUGAUUUUACAUACCCUUAUCAAGACAACUCAAUAA